AUGACGGGCACGCGUCUCCAUCGCGAUUCAACGUCAAAUGACCAGACCUCAAAGUCUCAGCCCUGGUGCAUAGUUAUGGUCGUGAACACUGAUUUGGCCUGUUCACUCGCCACUUUUAUACUCUCCAGUCAGGAUUGUGAAGGCCAGCGUCUGGAGGAAGAAGGCAAGCCGGACAAGCCGCCGUUACGCCUGAUGGCCUGUUCAGCAGUGACAGGCUGCAGAACAGGGCAGAAAAGGAAAUUGACUGAGACCGGCUCCUCCCUCGCUCUUUCUUCCCCUCAAAGUCCACCGCAGAAAGGCCAAAAAGAUCGUCUGCCUGACUGGGAGUACAGCAUUGUCUUCUGCCGCCAGCCCAAGAAGCAACAUGCUAGUAGGUUAUUUCUCAACUGCCGAUUCCUGAUCGAGCAGGCAGGCAUCCGACCCGCCGGACUCCUUGACCUCCACCCUCAAAACUUCUCAAGACCGACAUUUACAAGGAAUUUUUCUCUUAAAUAG